CGCGAAUCUCGUUUGUACGGGGAAUUGGGAUCUGCACAAGAAGAUAGGUGAUAGAGCGAGGUAUAAGAUCUCGUCAAUUUUAAACCUUUUUGCUCCUGAUUAACUGAUAUAUCGCAUUCAUACCAAAGGAUAUCGAGCAGCAAACUUCAGGAAAUUUUCCAGCUGUUUGGACUCUGUAUUUGGUCUACAUCGUUGCCACCGACUGAAUGUGAUAGUUCGGAUUCUCCGGUAGCAAACAAAGAAAUUCCCAUUUGGUCGGUUGCCUCCUCAAAAUGCGUUUACGUUGCAUAUAAGUUACCCGAUUCCAUUUUUAAGAGAUAGAUGGCCAAUCCUGGAGGAGCUGUGCAAAGACUCUUUGUAGAUAGUUCAGCUAAGGAGACAACUAUCAAGUCAACAGAAACUGGAAAGUCAUUAUUUGAAGAGAAACUUCCAGGAAUCAGUUUGCAAGAGGGAACGAUACUCACAGUAGCAAAAGCAGCUUUAGACGGAAAGGUAGUUGCAAGCAGUAUAAAGAGCCCUUCACAAAAACAAACUAGCAGCCAGUCGUUGCCACGACCAUUAGUUGUACAAACACAGCCAGUAUUACUACCCAAGCCAGGAAUCCAGGCUGGUCAUAGCAUUCAGCUGGGCGCAAGAAUGAUUUCUGCGGAGUCGAUCAUUUCCUCGCCCACUCAUACCUGGCAAAGUGGAACCCCAAACAGCAGAAAGCGGAGGGCAGAGUACGAAGCAGAUCUUCUUGACAGUGGAGAUCGAAAACGAAAGAGAACGCCUGCUCGGUCAACUGACAAAGGCGGCAAAGGGUUGAGACAUUUUUCAAUGAAAGUUUGCGAGAAAGUUCAACAGAAGCAGACCACUACAUACAAUGAGGUUGCGGAUGAGCUUGUCCAGGAGUUCAGUGACCCCACAAAGCAUGUGCCAUCAUCUGAUGCGUCCUACGACCAAAAAAACAUCAGAAGGCGUGUUUACGAUGCUCUGAAUGUCUUGAUGGCAAUGAACAUUAUCACUAAAGAAAAGAAGGAAAUUCGCUGGGUUGGCCUACCCACCAAUUCCGCUCAAGAAUGUCUGUACUUAGAGGAUCAGAAAAAAGAGCGAAUGGAGAAAAUUCGACAAAAACAGCUCCAACUACAAGAGCUUAUUCUACAGGAAAUCGCCUUCAAAAAUCUGGUUGAAAGGAACAAGGAGACGGAGAGGAAAGGGGCCACUCCAGAUCGAAACAGCGCCAUUCAGCUCCCGUUCAUCAUUGUAAAUACGAGUAAAAAGACCGUGAUUGAUUGCAGUAUUUCUAGCGACAAAACCGAAUACCUGUUCAAUUUUGACAACACGUUUGAAAUCCACGAUGACAUUGAGGUGCUAAAAAGGAUGGGCAUGGCUUUUGGCCUUGAGAGUGGCGAAUGCCCGCCGGAGAAGCUCGAUGCUGCUAAAGCAAUGGUCCCCAAAGCUCUUGAACCGUACGUCAAACAAAUGGCUGUUGGUGGCAGCAUUGAAAACGAGAUUGUAAAGAUCCCCACGGACCGACAAGAACGAGCCCGAUCCCCAUCUUCGCCGCUGGCAGUUCCAAUUCAGGCCCCCUCCUCCCCACUUCCGAACUCUUCGAAUCGCAUUCACCGCGCGACUUCACGUGCAUCCUCUGUAACCUCAUUCACGAGUGACAGUAAUCGCUCAGGCCAGCAUACUCACACGCCGUCACCACUUCCUUCCUUUGGUUCUGGCUCUGAGUCUGAGAACGAGGUAGACGAUGAAGAUUCGCAAGACACACUUUUUGAGAACAGUAAUGAUGCGUGAAUGCGGUGGGAAUUUUCAUGAGGUCGUUGUUGAUGCUCAUGAUGACGUUUUAGAAGCAUAUUCUUUUUAUUAAUCAUUUACACGUAGAUUAAACACAGUUGUCUCCAUUAACUUAUAAUAGUAGCCUCAUUAACAUUAGAGCAUAGAUCAUCUUUGCUUUGCACAUUGGUACACCAGAGAAACGGGUCAAUAUUAAGGAAAGCUCUUGUUGCAGGAAUGAGCCUUUUGAUCAGGUGCAAAGAAUACGUGUCUGAUAUUCAGACGCAUUUUUUGGUGCGGUCCAGAAAGAAAAUGCCGUUAAAUUACUGGAAGAACGUUAUAAUAAUUAGAGGCACUUCCAAAAGUAACCAGAGGUUGACAUUGUAUGAAUUGAGGAUGGUUCUCUAUUUGUUCUUUUCAGUGACUAUGGUAUCUUUCUUAUCAUGCAGCUGAUGCAUUCUCGCCGUGUGAUGCUGUGUAUCCCUAAACUUUUUAAUGCUAAUAUUUUUACACUAGUCGUUUCCCCGAAUCAAGAACAAGAACCUACUCGAAACGAUUGUGUCCAUAGCAAAUUCUAUUCCACUGGCUUCUACAUCUUUUUGGGACAAUCUUGAAAGACACUUUAUUAGCGGAGUUCUUUUUAACCAGUUUCUAGACAUAAGAGUAAUACGUACCCCGAUAUCUCACGGAGCGCUAUCUUGUUUAGUUUUGUGACUAAUGUUUUCAAGUUCUAACUUAGUUUUGUUGAUGGCACAGAAUAUAAAGGACUUCACUUAUAAUUGCCAAUGGACACUUUUGUACGUCAAUAUUUCAUGGGUUUCUGUAAUUCAUAAAAAUUUUCUUUCAUGGAGUGUAUCGCUGAUUAGCUGUUUUGUUGGUCUGUAGCAAGUUACGUUUUCAGCUGAGCAAUUUUGUUUGUAUAAAUCGCCCAUCUAAAUUUAGCCCAUUCUUUGUCAAUAAGAAUGAUCGUGUAAAUAGUUAUAUCAAAGAUGCCUUACCCCAAAGAUGGCUACUGUUUCCUAAAAGAGUGAGCUUUGUUUCUUGUCUGCAGACUAUGGGUUCCAUUUGUCCAUUGUUUGACUUUCUAUAUUGUUCGUCUCUUACAAAUCCAGCAAUCAAAUGGAGAAUUUUUGAUAACGAUGCAUUAGUCUUACUUUUGUUACUUUUGAUCUCGAAUGAAGGUAGUGUGGGGUUGUUGUGCAUAGGUUCAUCUCUUGGAAGCAACUAUCCAAGCCAGAACUAUGUUUCUUGGUGGAUGGUUGCUAGUGUAUACGCCGCCGCCCCACCAGUCUUGUAAAGCACCCUUAUUAAUACCUGAACAAUAACUUACUGUGGUAGGUUGCACCAAAAAUUGAGCAGUGAGUCAUAGAAUCCGGUGAAAUAGAGUUUGGCCGGAGCUGGAGAUGGGGUCACUCGAUAGGGAACGUACUCAACCAGUCAGGAGUGCAUAGCUCGACCUGGCCAAAACCAUAAACGGAUGCUUUACGAUCCCUGGUUCACCCAUUCUCAAAUUCUAAACCAGAAUUGUCUGUAGAAUUGCAAUAAACUAGAUGUUACGAGCCUGCAUGCGGGUGAUAAGACAACACAAAAGUGUUGCAUGUCUAGGCAAGAAAAUUCAUGUUUGAACUAUUAUAUGACUCCAUAAAAUUCGUACGUUGAAGAUCAUGUUGAUUGCGUAAUAUAUUGUUACUCUGAUAAAUGAUGAUCAAGUUGAGGUGA